GCGAAUGCCAAGAAAGCGCAAGAGAGCCGCUCUGCUGCGGCCUCCUGCAUGUAGCGUGACAUGCCUUGCUCAGUCGUCAGGUAGUUCUGCGUUGUAGUGUCUACCCAAAGCCUUUUGUCUGUGUGUAUGUAGCACACUGGCCAGCCAACAAGCGUCGGCCAACCUAUUCUCUUUGUCUUACGCAGCUCCCGCCACUAAAAAUGUCCGAUCCAUCACCCUCAUCUCAGCCACCGCCAGGCUCACAAUUGCCAACGUCAACCCAGCCAACACAAUCGCAAGAAGCGCCGUCGUCGUCGUCAGGUACAGCUGUUGACCAGACAGAGCCCAACUCGACGAAUAUCGCGCCGUCAGCCCAGCCUCCUGCUGAUCGCGAAACUGACGCUGCGGAUGACCCUAUCGAUGCCGGCGUGGACAACGACAUCGACAUGAAUGCGGCUGAGAGUGGCACGGGUGCAAAUGGCACCGCUGCUGGUGGAGACCCUGAUGCUCCAGGAAACCCCGUUGCAUCACUUUCUGGGGCUGGGGGCCCUACGAAGAAGGAAAGCAGUCUACGAGAAUUUUUGGGGAAGAUGGAUGAGUACGCGCCUAUUAUACCAGAUGCUGUGACAGCGCAUUAUCUAACAGUCGCUGGUCUACCACCACCGGGGAAUGGACCAAAUCAGACCCCACCGCAUCUUGCUCGACUUCUGGCGCUGGCUACGCAGAAGUUUGUGGCCGAUAUCGCGGCUGAUGCUUACCAAUACUCCCGAAUUCGAGCAUCAAACAGUUCCAGCGCAAACAAUCCCAUGGGCGGUCUGAACGCCGCAGCCGGUCUCAAUAUGCCCAACACCAGUGCGACCGGCGGUGCAGCUGGCGCUGGCGGUGGCGGUGAGGGUGGAAAGAAAGGCGGGGCGACGAAUACAUCUUUUGGAAUCCAGCGACCUGGGUUUGGCGGCGGUGGUCAGGGAGGGUCGGGGCAGGGACGCACUGUGCUCACCAUGGAAGACCUGGGUAUGGCAGUCAGCGAGUAUGGCGUCAGCGUGAAGCGGGGGGAAUUCUAUCGAUAGGAUGUUUUCGAUCACAUUAUCAAUCUCGCCGGCGUUGCUUUGGGCUUGGUUACCAGUGCGAGAAAGUUCAAGGACCUUUUGUGAUUUGGUUUGAAAUUACGAACAAAAAAGUGGCGUGCAAUGGAUGGACUUGGUGCAUAACGGCGUAUAUUCAGAGGGUCUUAUAUUUUGGCCAUGGCAGAUAUGGAUAAUUUGGCGUUCGUUUAGGAUAGACUCGACUUAGGAUAUUGAAAUUUGGUUGUUUUCAUCACAUACAGAAUGAUGUUAUAAACGA